GAGGGGAAGGGAGGGGAUGGGGGCGCUGGCGGCGGCGACCCCGGCCGCGGUGCGAGCGGGCGUGUGUGGGGAAGGGGGCGAGUCCCCGCCCGCCGCCGCUCCGGCUUCCCCCGCCGGCGCCCGCACGGCUCUUGUCCCUUUAAACCGCCCCCCCGCCUCCUUCGCCGGCUCCUUCCUCCUCCGCCUCGCCCGCGCCCCCCCCGCCCGCCGCGAGCAAUGGUCCGAGCCGCUCACUCAACCCAGCCCGCCCGGCCCGGAGUGGGAUAGACCAACGGGGAAGCAUUUCCCCCGCCGGAAAGAGGCGGGACAUCCCGGACGAUUAACAGCUUAUCUGACCAACGGGGGUGAAAGGUGGAGUCUAUGUGAUGGGAGGGGCGAUGUGAUUGGUUGGCAUGGACGUCAGUCACGUUGCAAGCGGAGAUCGGAUUGGCGGCGUCCGCGAGGGGGCGGUCCCUCGCAGAGCAGCCUGCGCUGCUGUCACAUCCGCUGGUCCCGCUCUCGCCGUUCCCUCAGUGGUUUCCUGAGGGGUCUCCUGAGGGGAGCGGCAUCGCCGGGCUCCCGGGAGAAGCUCCGCGCCACGCUCCGAGGGCUCCCAGGACCAUUUCCUUAUAGUGUCCAGUUUCCCGAGCUGCUGCUGCAGCUAGCAGGAAAUAAAUGCAAAAAUUAG